AUGUCGGCUCCAGUGAUGAUCGACUUCAGCAAUGGAAAGGCUGCCCUCGAUCUAGCACUUAAACUUUCCCGCCAGCUGAACGUUAAGAUCCUACUGCAGCACAGCAUAGCCGUCAAGUACAAAGAUCCAAAUAUGAAGUUGUUCUUAGAUGAGAACCUCGUAGACAGCCAGGUACGAAUCAUCAAACGUCUCGGGGACCUUAUAGCUCACCUGAAUCUGAUGAAGAAAUCGCACAGCGCUGGACUGGCUCUCUACAUGUUUGAUCUGGAGCUCCAGAAAUAGAGAAAACGCCAAUUAUACUACUCUCUGAAACAAUAAAAUGUGCUCUACUGUGCUAAACCCUGUACAAUUUUUCCGUGUUUUUUCUUAAAUUUAUGUUUGUUGAAGAGUCAUUUGUUGUUACUUCAAAGCCAUGAACUAUUGGAAAAAUGUUUAUUUUAAUAUGCAUGAAUUUCAAAACUGAUUGCAAGUUUUAUUC